CCUCGUUGACAUGGGUGCUGCGUGCUGCCGAUGUGACGUUACAUUUUGAUAGCAUCAUUGCAGCUAGCCGACAUUUGCACACCUUGAUAUGAUGCAAACAUACCGUUUUUUUUAUUUUAUUUUUAUCGUUAAGCUUUAAAACGUGUCGUCUAUAUAAAACUAGGUGAGGUCUCAAGGGAAAAUAUUAACAGUUGCGUCAAGCUUAUAACAAGUUGUCAGUGUCAUUAGCUAUUAAACGAUAACAGUGAAAGGCUAAUGGGAUUAGGCUAACGUGCUAGCAGUAAGCGUGCCCCUUGUCAACACAUUUUUUCGGAACUAAAAUAAUUUACGUCGAGAGGGUGAAGUCAUGUCGUUGGCAUCCUGAGAUACAUUACAUACAGUCAUGUUUGGUGACAAAUGAAAGCGGCACUUGGGAGUUAGCUAACUAACGUUAACGCUAGUUAUAAACGACCUGCGUCUGCGGAGUGUGGAGAAAUGAACACGCCGCUAGGGAGGAACGGUUUAAUCGGGCUUGCUGUCGGAGCUACAGCCGGUUGUGGCUUGAUUGCCUUCAUAAUUUACAAGGAGAUCGUUAGGAGAAGAUCCCAGAGACUGGUGCUGGAGGCCCGGCCAGCUUCCCGGCUGUUUGACGGGGUGGAUAAAGCCGUGCUGCUGCGGGAUGCCAUGGAUGUACAGGAGGCGGAGGCCCAGCAGCAGGCUCUGGCAGCGGUGGAGGCAGUGGUGCAUGGCCUGUCCCCGGAGCAACAGCUGGAGUUUAGGAACCAGCUGGAUGAUGUGCUGACCUGCGUGGCCUCACUGCGCUCAGAGGUGGCUGAGCUGAGGGGCGGCCUGCAGGACAUCGCCCAGCAGAUUAUCCAGGAUGUCAAAAAGGGAGUGGAGGACAGUCAGCGGGUACGUCGGCGGCGCCAUUUCGUCCACAGGGAACGCAAUGACUCCACCGGCUCCAGCUCCAUCUACUUCACUGCCAGCCAGGGCAUGGCCAGCACGUAUGAAACGACCAGCGAAGGAGGGUACUCGACGGCCUACGCUGAGUCUGACUACACCGAUCGUGACACAGACAAAGAGGAGGGUGAGCGGGAGCCUGAACAGGAGUCUGAGGAAGAGGAGGAAAGGAGCUGUGCCACUGUCCUCACCAUCCGCCAGGAAGACUCCCAGGAAGAAGAAGUGGAGGAGAGAGGGCUGGAGGAGGAGGAUGAGGAAGAUGAGGGGAGGCUUCAGCUGGUGACUGAAGUUCCCAGCGGGGAGCUGGCUCUCCUCCUGGCUCAGAGUGACAUCCUCCACACAGGAGACGCCAGUUUGAAGGCAGAGGGCUUUCGCCUGCUGCUAGACAACAGAGCAGAGUAUGGAGACAGCAGGGAGUUUCUAUGGCGACUGGCUCGGGCGUACAGGGAUAUGUACGAAUCCACUGAGGAUAAACAAGAGAAGAAGGCCUACGCACAACAAGGUCGAGAGGAGGCCGAGUUGGCCCUGAAGAAGAACGGCCUGAAUGCUGAGUGUCACAAAUGGUUUGCUGUGCUGACAGAACUGACCUCCCAGCAUGAUAGCAUGCAUAGCAAGCUGAAGAGCAGCCAUAUAUUAAAGGAGCAUCUGGAUCGUGCACUCGCCCUCAGAGAUGAUGACCCCAUGUGUUUCUACCUGCUUGGCAGAUGGUGCUAUGAGGUAGCCACUCUGGACUGGUUGGAACAGAAGGCAGCGGCUGCCCUCUACCAGAGCCCCCCCACCUCCACACUGCAUGACGCGCUUGAGAACUUUCUCAAGGCAGAGGAGCUCAGUCCAGGUUUCUCCAAGACAGUGAGACUUUACAUUGCACAGUGUCACAAGAAGCUGGGGAACAUUUCUGAGGCCACAAACUGGACUGAGCUGGCUCUGAAGAUGCCCACAAACUCUAAUUAUGAUGAAACGACUAAACUGGAGGCUCAGCUUCGAGUCUUAACUGACAGAAAAACCUGAAAUUCUUUGCUCCUGAGAUCCAGCAGGUGAAGCCACUCAGCCGAGGGCACUGAUUGGCUAGUCAGGCCGCCAAUCCGUGUCCAUCCAAUCAGAUGUGCACCACAAAUGGCACUUUUUUUUUUUUCCUUCAUUGGUGGAUAUCUGCAUACUGUCACUGUGAAAUGGAGUUUGAUAUUAUUGUAUAUUUAUUUUCUUUAAUAUUGCUUGAGUCAAUAUUGCUUUAAGUAGUAUAUAUUUUAAUGUAUAUGGUAUAUUUUAAAGGUAUAUUAUGUAGGGGCCAGACAUACAGAGAGCAAGAGAGUGAAUGAAGAGAGGGAGCGACCAAAGCAGUAAUUGGGAAUAAAAUGCUCUUCUGUCAGUGUCUCACAUCUGUUAUGUCCUAAAGCAUAACUAAACACACACCGUCGCUGGAAGGUGCCACAUUGUCGGAUUAUGAGUGAACGCAGAGCUUCAUCCUGUCUGUUUCUCUGCGUCAG